AUGGCUGCAAUUAAAAGUUCUAAAAAUGAAAGAUCUCUUAUUGACGCAUUGGCGGAAUAUCCGGGAGAAUUAGUCAGAACUGACAGUCCCAAUUUUGUAUGCAGUGUUUUACCAUCACAUUGGCGCUGUAACAAGAGUUUGCCUGUUCCAUUUAAAGUCGUUGCACUAGGUUAUAUGCCUGAUGGCGUGGUAGUAUCCUUAGCAGCAGGGAAUGAUGAAAAUUGCUCAGCUGAGUUACGUAAUUCUACUGCGGUCAUGAAGAAUCAAGUUGCUCGAUUUAACGAUUUAAGAUUCAUAGGACGAUCUGGUCGAGGUAAGUCAUUUACGUUGACUAUUACUGUCGGCACUAAUCCGCCACAAGUUGCAACAUAUAAUAAAGCAAUCAAGAUUACAGUUGAUGGACCCCGAGAGCCGAGAAGUAAGUCAAUAAUGCGAUGUUAA